AAUUAUUUUGUUCAGUAAAGUCAGAAGUACGUGUUCUUGCACCUAGUCCGUCACAGGUGAUUUGAUGCACGGUACAAACCGAAACAAAGCAAAGAAUGCUGUAGAGGGUGACUAACAAACAUAUUGCUAUUAUAUGCAAUAACACAUGCACACAUACAAAUGUUCAGUCUAUAUGUAUACAUGUUCACAUUAUUUUCGUUCUUUUUCUAUUUCUAUGCUUCAUAUUUAGCUCAGCCUUCGAACAAAUGUUGCACAGUAUACGCUCCCAACCUUUUGAUAAAUAAAACAUUAAGCGUAUUCUCACACAAGCAUGGCAGCAACCUUAGUGAAUCCACAUGAAAGAGAAUGUGCAGUGUGCAUGAAUGACUUCAAAACACCAAAGAUUCUACCCUGUGGUCAUCUCCUGUGUCGAGAAUGCGUAGUUUCCUGGAUUUUCUCAAAAACUGACGCUGGUUGUCCAUUGUGUAGAUGUCCUAUAGUAGAGUCCCGAGGUCCUGCAAAACAAAUAGAUAAAUUUGUUGACGCCCUGCCGACAGAUUUUGUGAUGGAAGCUCUAGUGGACAGCGCCCGUUUGCUAGCUAAGCAUCGUAUUUGUCACGUAUGUGAUGAUGUCAGUGCUGAAUUCAUCUGUAUGCAGUGUCUGGACAUGAUGUGUUCAUCGUGUGCCAAUAUACACAAGAAGAUGUCCAUCAGCCGCAGUCACGAUGUGGAGAGUGUCAGCACUGUAACACCUGAACGUCUGGCUGCCAGCCGCCCUGCACUGUGUGCUGACCACGGCGACAAACACGCGGAGUUCUUCUGUACUAAUCACAGCCUCGCUGUCUGCGCAUCAUGCAGCUCCAAGAAACACAAAACAUGCUCCAGAGUCUGUCUUCUGGACGACAUAAAAUUGUCAAACAAAAAUACUCUAGACGACUUGAUGAAGGUCCUUGUUGAGGCGGAGAACCAGACAGAAAAUGCUCUAAUUCAUCUUGAUGCUUGUUUCAAGGAGGUAGACGAUAGCGAAAGAAGUGACAUCAGGAAAGUGGACGAAGUAUGCGAUCGGCUUCAGGAACUGGUUGAAAAAUGCCGUAGGAUGUUAAAGGAACAGACUUGCGAUUUACAUUCCAGGGUCAAGAGUUCACUCAGUGACGCGAAGGCAGCUUUCGGCAAGCGGCUGGCAAAGGUUACGUCACACAAACAUAUCGUGUCGCGAGCCAAAGCAGCAGCUCCAUGUCUGGCAAUGAUCCGGGCAACUAGCGUUCUCUCAGACAGGGUCAACAGCCUUGACCUUAAGUUGGAACUGAGGGCAGAAAUCUUGGCAAUGCCUAGGACCAGUGAGAAAGCACGUGAUGACGUGGUCAUACAGAUAGAGAAACAGCUUCGAAUGUUGGAACAACUCAAGUCUGAGCCUGAGCCUGAGAAGCAGGUCCUUAAGUUUAGCGCAGCUUAUGGGAAGAUGACUCCCCGAAAACUUAUCAAAAUGCCAGCAGAAGACAAGGAGUAUGGGCUGUUCUUUCUAGAAAGUGGAAAAGUGGUGUCACGUGAACCGCUGAAGCCAAAUAUUCAUUACAGGAUUUCUCUAAUAGAAAAUGUAUGGGAAGAGUUUACAAAUCACUUGCAGUUUGGAGUGUCAGGAAAAGAUCCAUCCGCUUGCAACUUACAAGAGAAACAAGACUUCAGUGUUUCCAGAUGGAUUAAGUGGACGGCGAAAGGAAGCUAUGCUGGACUGAUGAUGGAUUCUUCUAAAGUCCUUCACUUUUAUUUUGAGGACAAAGAAAUAGGGACACAGAAGAAGAAUGUCCCUAGACCCUGCUAUGCCAGUUUUUACAUUCAUACCCGUUGCAUUCAAGGUGUCGAUACUACCUUUAAUCAAAGCAAAGUAACGACUAUCAAAAAUGAACAGUCAGCUGUAAAGAACAGCGACAGAGAACUCCCCGUGAUCAGUUCUUUCAGGUGGUUCUACUGUACUCUUUGCCUGUUGAUGACUAUCAUCAGCCUUCAUAACAGUUUUUAAAAAUAAAACUUAAUGAAAUUUAAUUUUAGAGGUAUUUGAUAUCGGGAGAUUAUAAGAAGCAAUGAAAAAUCUUUAAAAUGGAAUGUGAUUUUUUGUUAAUUAACUAGGAAAUUAAUCUUAUUAUUUUUCUGGGAAUCCACAGGACAACAAAUGUAUUUCGACAAAUGUAAAUGUACUAUAGACACUGCUACAAAUAAAAUUAAACUGGAAUAUACAAUAUAUCUAUUGUAAUUGAAGAAAAUAUAUCACAAUAAUAUGUUAAUUACUUUUUAAUUACUGCAGCUAGUGUAUUUUGUCAA